UAGACAAGGGUCUGAGCAUGUCCCACCACCUCAAGACAGUGUGCGAAAAGGCGAAGAAAGUGACUAAUCACUUUCGCUGGAUAAUGCCAAACAUUGAUGGGCCCUCUUUUUUGAAGAGAAGACUAAUCGUAUACGCCAUACUUUCCAUCUUAUGGUAUGGGGUAGAGAUAUGGUCUGCAAGCUGCAACAAGAAAAAGAAUAUCAAACUAAUUACAACAACCAUCAGGCCGCUCAAAAGAGGGUUAUGCUGCGCAUACAGGACGGUGAGCAACUCAGUUCUGGAUAUUUUAACGGACAUCCCCCCAACGGACUUGCUGAUUGAACGAAAACUCCGCCAAAUUAAAAAAGAAGAGGAUAAAUUGGAAAUCGAGGUAGACAUUAACAGGAGAUGGAAUACUCGUUGGACAUGUACUGGAAAUCAAGAUGAUCGCUGGCUGCAUAGACUCCUUCCUUCAUUGCAAAUCUGGAUGGAGAGGACCCAUGGAGAAGCAGAUUUCUUCUUAUCGCAGUUCAUGUCGGGUCACGGUUCUUUUAAUAGCUACCUUAAUAGAUUUAAAUUAACUCCCUCCCCCUUAUGUGCCCUAUGCCUGUCUGCCGAGGAUACACUGAAAAAAAUGAGUCCGGCGUUGGAACCGAGUCAGUCCGGGAUCACCAUUCCCGUGAAAGUCGUGCCUUAUCGCCGAAAAACUCGGUAACUUCACCCGAGCUUCACGGGGUGUGAGGCCGAUUCGAUCCCGGACCAAAUUACCAUAACGUCCGGGCCAUCCGAUCCCGGGCGGCCCGGGAACUUCCGCCGUGCUACUCGGGGACAGACUCCGAGGAGCCCGGAAACCUGGGUUUUUCCAUCGGGCCUCGGCCCGCCUGUUGGCUUGGCAGGUAUAGCACGAUCCUCCUAGUCAAUGGGGAUGCACACGUGUUGGAACAGGCCGGGUCGAGUUCCUCGAAUUCGCAUCCCUUCGCACGGAGCGGCACGGCUCUUUCAAAAGAGAAAGUGUCAAGGUUGCCAGACUGUGCUAAAAAUCAGCUCACUCUACCUUGAAAGGUACUGAUUUUUAGGAGAUUUUGGUGACUAAAGGCAGGCCUCGUCCGCGCAAAGGAAUUUUCCGCCUUUCCAUGCCGUCUACAGCUCCCUGCCCCAGCCCCUCCCCUCUUUCUCCUCUGUCUCCUGAUGUUACUACCCCUAAGCAUUCCCACGACAUCCUGACUCUUGACUUCAGUGUCAUAUUCGUGCCUUUUCGGAGAUCUACAACCGCCUGGAGAACUUUUCAUAGUGCAGUGCUAAUUGCAGAUUUUCAGUGAACAUCAUUACUGACUAAUUCGCUGUUUCUGUCGGUGCCUUUUUUCAUUACAUUCUGUUUACAUGCUUUAAUCCGACGCGGGGUGAUUUAUGGAAGUGCGUGAAUUGUGUGUAUAGCAUCGCGUCUCCGAUUUGAGAAUGUUUAGGAUCACGGAAAUUCUAUCUCAACACGGAUGGAUGGACCUUCUACCGGAGUUAGAACGCAACCGUGUGAAUGACUCAUUGCUGAAAAUACUAUCAGAGGAGGAAAUCAAAAACAUUUUGCCUCUCGGCCCAGCCCAACUUUUUAUUAAAGCCUUUAAGCAUGAUCACAAUCUAACUUCGCUUGAUAUCCAAGAGGCAAACAAGACUAUGACCAGUAUGAGUGAGACAAGUUCAAUUUUAAGAGAAUCAAUGGCCGAAGUAUAUAAUCUCACAAAUGGUGAUAUGCAAGGAUGUGAUAAGCUUUCGGAAUCAAGAAUCGAAGCUAUGCUCCGAGAUGACAAUGACGAACUCAACAGCAAUACAUCGUCUCAUUCCUCUCCUCUCUCUACUGCACUCCCACGCCAAUCCUCAGAAACGCCUGGAAGUUUCCAGUUUUCUCCUCCAGCUAACCCAAGUAGCUCUCGAGAUCUCAGUAGGAAACGUGCCAAUAAAGAAAAUUUUAUCCCCUCACGCAUAUUCUCAACUCCUGAUUCAAAUACGGUCCCAGAAAGUUUGAACCUUUCUGCUGGUAUCUCUCCAGUAAAUGAAAUAACUCAGCCCCCACUAAAAGUUAAAAAAGUUGUCGUAAAUUUUGCAUCCGUCUCCACAGAAAAUACAAUUAACUCUUCUGAUCAGCUGCCAAGCGUUAAUAAAAGUCCCCGAAAACAAUCCACUCCACGAAAAUUAGACUUCAAUGUAGCAAAUGCACUGCAGAUCAGCCAGCCUAGCACUUCCAGAGCAUCAGAAAUAGUCGCUAGGAAUGUUUGCGAUAAUGGUUCUUCAGGCGUGCAAGAUGAUCUAAUAGCAAAGAAUAAUAAUAAUGUUCAAAAUUUUAGUAAUCCUGAGAUAAGUGAUGAGUCAACAGGAAAUGUUCCUGUAAAUGUUAGUUCAAAUAAUAAUAUAGAAACCAAUAGAAAUGUUGAGUCCCAUGUAAAUGUCGAGUCCCAUGAAAAUGUCGAGUCCCAUGAAAAUUUAAAGUCCCAUGAAAAUUUAGAGUCCAAUAAAAAUGUAGAAUCCGAUAAAACAGCUGAGAAUACAAACAAGUCAAAUAGUAAAGCUCAUAUUGUUAUAACUAAUGGAGAAAAGUUAAGAGAAGUUCUAUUAAAGACCACCAAAGGCGCACAGGUCCUCGCAUUUUUUGAAAAAGAGCUGUCAUUGUCCGACUCAGACUCCAAAAAAGUAUGCGACAUUAUAAUUGACCACGUGCUCCAUGAUCAGCCCAAAGCAACGAUCACCAGAGGAGAAUGGGAUAUGCUGAGUGAUGCCGUAGUUCAGUUAUUUCCUACUGAGGUUAAGGAGACCUAUUAUGUUCCUCCCACAUCAGGUUCGGCAGGAGAAAAGUGCUCAGCCAGAGGGAGACUGAUCAAUAAGUACGAGGCGUUCAGGAAGUACCUCAUCCGCACUGGAGCAAUGAGCUCCCAGAGAUCGAAAAAGGCGCCUCAAAAAGUGAUAGAUACAAAUGUGCAAAAAGCUUUAGAUUGGCUCAAAAAGAACGUCGAGCCUGCUGUAUUAGCCAUUGAGUACUGGACAGUGACAGCUCAAGAGAGAUUGACUGAACUGAUAGUUUUAAAAUCAAUUGCAACGCAAGAGUACCUGGUUUUGUACCCACCACUAAAAAAUCCUGCCAUCGGUAUCCAGCUGGUUUCCACUGAUUUCAAUCACUUGUACGCCACCAAGGCAAACGUAUUCUUGAACGACUGGAGCCCCAUUGCUCAAAAAAUUUUGGAUUUGCUCCGACUAAAGAGAGGCAGUAGAUGGCAAGAAAACAUAGCGUUAGCAGGAAUAAAUAUUUAUGCAACAGACCCUGAAGAAAUAAAGCUAUCUGCUCUGCUUUUGCUGCCCUAUUUUUUCCCAACACCUGGCGAUGUAAACUUCAGCAGGAAUAAAAAUCUCUCGUGGGUUCCAUCAAAACUAGAAUGUGCCAAAGGUUUUAUUCUCAUCACACCUACACUAACCUUACUUGAAGUAGAAAUCAAGAAGCGACAAACGUUCUUUCAAAGUAAGAAAUUGGUACUUCCACCAUUUGUAGUACUGGUCGGACGCGUAGGUAAUUUUGAAGAAUCAAUUGUUGUCAUUGAUAGCAUAAAAUAUUACUUUGAUUCCCCAAUUUCUGCCUUUGACUGGUGUUUUAAAGCACAUUUUGCACUAUAUUACUCUUACUCUCCUGAGACUCGUGCUCCUUAUACUUUUAUACAAAAGUAUGUUUAUAAAAUUAAUACAAAACGUGACAGGAAUUACAUUCAAGUAACCUCUUUAGCCAAGCAGCUUAAUCUUUCCUCCGUUUAAUUUUGUCUCAAUUCCAGCCCAGCCAGCCCAGCCCCAGCUUUGUACCCUCCAGCUUCUUUUCAAUGUUAAAUCAUGCCUUCGUGCCCUGAUUGUAAACAAAAUUUCGAACCCAUCAACUCUCUGAUAAAUCAUAUCAAACAGUUCCAUUUUAGAUCUGCUUAUGCCGAUCCAAUAAAUUGUGGGGACUGCGGGAAACCAUUCUCUGCAUAUCCUAAUCUUCGUAAGCAUCUUAAAACCUGUCGCAUGAAGGUACAACUUGAAGACCCUAACCCUUUGCUAAGUGACGCUGUGCAUAAUGCUACCGUGGACGUAGUUGAAUCUCAGCCAAUUGUCGAAAAUAAUCAGUUUAACGCACAAAAUGUUAGAGUUUCAAGAAUAGGAGAUAGUUCCAAAGGCACAACUGCUGAUCCUAUUCAAAUGCUGAAUAAAGAGUGUGCAAACUUCAUUGCAUACUUAUAUUCUCAUGUGUCUUUGCAAAGAAAAAUGAUACAAACGGUAGUUGAAGGUGUUUCAGAAAUUUUUAGCGCUGUAAGAGACAUUUUAGUAGAAAAACUGGAAGAACACUUGACUGAUCAAUCAAUGACAGAUUUAAUGCCUUUUUUGUCCGAAUUAUGUGAUCCAUUUGCCUCUUUAAAGACAGACUUUCUUAGAUUACAACACUUUGAAAAUUUAGGCACGUAUAUAAAACCUCAAGAAAUUGAGCUUGGAGAACGAUCAGUACGGAAAAAAAUUAAAAAUAAAGUGCGAGUCACAUCUAUACCCGUGAAAGCUCAGUAUAUUUCACCGAAAGUAUUCUUUAAGAAAUUUUUUGAUCAGUCGGAUGUUCUCCAGAAAACACUUGAUUUUGAGGGCAGAAUGCUGGCAGAAAAUUCUGUUUUGUCAAAUUUUCUACAAGGUAAACAGUGGCAAGAGUUUUUAAAAGCUGAUAAAAAUAAAGGGAAAAAAUUUCUUCCUUUCUUCCUCUAUAUGGAUGAAUUGGAAACAGGAAACGCUCUAGGGUCACAUUCAGGAGUUCACAAGUUGGGGUGUGUUUACAUAUAUAUGCCAUGCAUUCCACCAGAAUUUCGUUCCACUUUAAAAUGUAUCUUUUUAUGUAUGUUAUUCCAUGCUAACGACAGAAAGCAGUUUGGAAAUGAAAAGUUGUUCAAAAACUUAAUUGAGGAUUUUAACAGUUUAUCAAAAGAGGGUCUCUUUUUUGAAAAUGAAGCUUACUCCGGGAAAAUUUACUUCCAGCUUGCCAUGCUUACAGGGGACAAUUUGGGCAUUCACCAAAUAACCGGGUUUACAGAGUCAUUUUCUGCAAAUCACCCAUGCUCAGUUUGUUCAAUUCAUAAAAAAGAUUUACAUUUGCAAACUAUUGAAGAUGAAAAACUAAUUAGAACGAGAGAAUCCUACGACAAAGAUCUCCAAAAAAAUGAUUUAUCAGAAACUGGUAUUAGGGAAAAAUGCAUUUGGCAUGAAGUAGACGGUUUUUGCAUUACUACUUCCCUAGGUUCGGACUGGAUGCACGAUAUUUUGUUAGGUACGGCUCAUUACGAUUUCGCUGCUAUACUCUAUAACUUGAUUUACGUCGAAAAGUACUUUGAUGUUCAGGAUUUCAACUUAAUUUUACAGAACUUUAAAUACGGCCCGGAUGAAAAUAAACCUCCCCCUCAACUCGAAAAAAAUUUGCAUGAUAAAAAAGGUCUUCGAAUGACAGCAGCCGAAACAUUAACACUUAUUAAAUAUUUUGGUGUUAUGGUUUCUAGUUUUAUAAAGGACCCAAAUAAUGAAACUUGGCAACUUUAUUUAUCUUUAAGAGCGAUUGUUUCUUUACUAAUGUCUCCCUCCGUGCAAAAAGGUUGUGCAGAGUUACUGAAAAGUUAUGUAAAAAGUCAUAACGAUUUAUACAUGAAAUGCUCUAACCAGUUGCUAAAAAAUAAGUUUCAUCAUUUAGUACAUUAUCCCAGGUUCCUUAUUUUGUUUGCCAAUAUGUGUGAUCUGUAUGUUAUGCGCCAAGAAGGCAAACAUCAAGUCACGAAAUUUAUUACUUCCUCUGUCCGUACGCGCAAAAACAUUUGUAAAACUGGAGCCAUCAGGCAUCAAUUGCUAUUUAGCUGGCUUUUGAUGUCGAACAGUUUUUUUUCCGAGAACUUAGAGUUUGGUGCAGGUAAAAUUUUUAGGAUUGAGCAAUACAUAAAUUAUAAUACCCUGAAUGUACCCAAUGAGAAAAAAAUUUUCCUGAAUGUCCAGUAUUCAAAAAUUUUUGGCACCAAGUAUAGGCGUAACGAUGUUGUUUAUUAUGAUUUUAAAGAAACUCGUCCAAAA